AUGGAAGAAAUCGAACCAUAUGUAAGGCGAAAAAGAGUUAAUCCCGGUAAAUCGAAUAAGCUUCAAAGUCUUAAUGAAGAGGAACAGGCGGUUUUACGAAUGAGUAUUAAUUCAAGAGAACGGAAAAGAAUGCAUGAUCUGAAUGAUGCACUUGAUGAACUCCGUCAAUGCUUGCCAUAUUCGCAUCGUACUGGACCCAGAAAAAUGUCCAAAAUCAAUACAUUGCUUCUAGCUAGCAAUUGGAUCAAACACUUAACAAACGCAAAUAGCGAACUGCGGCGGAAACUGGAUGAGCUUCGAAACAAUAACCAAAGCAAUGAUACAACAGUUCUCCAAGCAACCUCCGCAUCUGCACCACAUUUAGUAUCCCCAAGUACAUUAGCACCAAUUGAGCUCUUUAAACCAUCACCUUCACCUCUACCUUUCAAAUUGGCGCCUGAGACGACGCAAGCGCUUGUCAAGCUUUCUGUACCUGUAUCAGUACCAGUACCCAUACCUGUACCCGUACAACCAUGUGUUAAAUCUAUUAACGGCCUUUGCUUCUGUGUUAAUUGUUUGAUUACAAAUACCGGUUUAGCGAAAAAUUUCCGGGAAGAUAAAUAA